AUGUCGAACGUCAAACAAGACAAGGAUAUCGUCCGAAGGAAGCUCGUCAUCGUCGGCGACGGUGCCUGUGGAAAGACCUCUCUCCUCUCCGUCUUCACCCUCGGCUACUUCCCCAAGAGCUGGGAUUAUAACCCCACGGUGUUUGAAAACUUUGUGACCGAUGUCAAGAUUGAUGGCAAGCCAGUGCAGCUUGCACUCUGGGAUACAGCUGGCCAGGAAGCAUAUGAACGACUUCGACCCCUCUCUUAUACCAAAGCCCAUGUAAUCCUGAUCGGGUACUCUGUCGAUACACCGGAUUCUCUCGAUAACGUUACAUCAAAGUGGAUCCAAGAGGUGCAGGUACAUUGCCCCGAGACGCCUGUGAUCCUGGUUGGAAUGAAGAAGGAUUUGAGGGAUGAUCAGGCAGCAUCAACAGGAGCAGAGGCAAAGACGACUCGUUUUGUAACAACCGCCGAGGCUGAACGCGUGGCGGCAGAGAUUGGAGCACGAAAUCAUUUGGAGUGCAGUGCGUUGACGGGCGAUGGUGUGGAUGACGUAUUUGAGGCAGCAACGCGUGGAGCGUUGACACAGGGAAACCAGACUCAGGAAAGCGGCUGCUGCAUCAUUCUGUAG